GGGUUUCCUUCCUUCUAUGCAGACCGCUAGGGUAAUAGGAGCUGCUGCCACAAGCUAAGGCCAUGGCCACGGCACCCGGGGAGCGACUGCAGGAGGAGGCGCGGUGCUCCGUGUGCCUGGACUUCCUGCAGGAGCCCAUCAGCGUGGACUGCGGCCACAGUUUCUGUCUGCGGUGCAUCUCGGAGUUCUGCGAGAAGUCGGACAGCGCUCAGGGCGUCUACGCCUGUCCCCAGUGCAGGGGUCCCUUCAGGCCCGCCAGCUUCAGACCCAACCGGCAGCUGGCCAGCCUGGUGGACAGCGUGCGGCAGCUGGGGCUGGGCACGGGACACGCGGGGUCGCGUCAGUGUGCGAGGCACGGUGAGGACCUGAGCCACUUCUGUGAAGAGGACCAGACGAUGCUGUGCUGGGUCUGCGAUACCAGCCCUGAGCACCGGAGCCACCGCACAGAGACGCUGCAGGAGGCUGCCAGCCGCUACCAGAGGAUGCUCCGAGCGUCUUUGGAACUUGUGAAGAAGGAAAUGGAGGAGGCUCUGACCCAGGAGGCCAACGUGGGAAAAAAGACCAUCAUCUGGAAGGAGAAAGUGGAGAUGCAGAGACAACGUUUCAGGCUGGAGUUUGAGAAACACAGAGGGUUUCUGGCCCAGGAGGAGCAGCUGCAGCUGAGGCGGCUGGAAGAGGAGGAGAGAGCAACCCUGCAGAGACUGCGUGACAGUAGGAACAGGCUGGCCCAACAGAACAAGGCCCUGAAGGAACUGGCUGAGGAGCUGGAGGAGAGGAGCCAGCGGCCAGCCCCAGGGCUGCUGGAGGGAGCGAGAGGAGUCUUGACACGAUGUGAGGCUAUCACAAGGCUGGAACCAGAGGCUGUCCCUAUGGACCUGAAGACUGUGUGCCGCAUCCCUGGGAUGAGGGAGAUGCUGAGGAAGUUCCAAGUCGACGUGAAGCUGGAUCCGGCCACUGCUCACCCAAGCUUGCUCUUAACUGCGGACCUGCGCAGUGUACAGGAUGCGGAGGUCUGGAGGGAUGUUCCCAGCAACCCUGAGCGCUUUGACACCUGGCCUUGCAUCCUGGGCCUGCAGGGCUUCUCUUCUGGGAGGCAUUACUGGGAAGUCAUCGUCGGGGAAAGAGCAGAGUGGGGGCUAGGGGUCUGCCGAGACUCAGUGCUGAGAAAAGGGGAGACCACACCGUCCCCAGAGAACGGCGUCUGGGCCAUGUGGCUGCUGAGGGGGAACGAGUACAUGGUCCUGUCCUCUCCCUCGGUGCCUGUGCUCCAAGAUGAGCGACCUCGCCGCAUCGGGAUCUUUUUGGACUACGAAGCUGGUGAAAUCUCCUUCUACAAUGUCACAAAUGGGUCUUACAUCUACACAUUCAACCAUCUCUUCUCCGGCGUUCUCAGGCCCUACUUCUUCGUCUGCGACACGACUCCUCUUAUCUUGCCUCCCAUGACAGAAGCAGCGCCUGGAAACUGGACGCCCAGGGGUAUCUUUGAUCUUGCUGCUGCUGCCAGAAAUGAGGAAUACUAAACCCAUCCAGAAGUGCUGUGCUUCAGGGAAGUCCUGGAUGGAUCGGGAGGCGUGGCUGUGCCCUGCUUCCCUAAACCACACCAACGCCUAUUCUGCAGGCCUGCACAGGAGGGAUUCUCCCAGUGGGACUGAUGAGUGGGUCCCGGGUGGUUCACAUUCUGAGGAACUCAGUGGAGUAGAUGACUCAGGAAAGGCAGCAGGCUCAUCAAACACUACUGCCCGAGGCUUCAUUUUUUCCUUGGUGCAUCUUCACAGUGAAAAGCUAGAAUUAAAUGUUAUUCUUGCACCCUCAACCCUCCAUACAGAGAGAUUUAGGAUUAUUAAUUCUACUUGUUUCUGACAAGUAGCCAAGGUUAUCCCAAUAACCCCCAAUAACUCAGUCUCCUGGGUGCAGGUGUGUGCCACAAAGCUUAGCUUAGAAAUAAGGAUGCUUCAAAAUAACCUUUUUCUAGUAAAUUCCAUUUCAUUCUCUCUCCCUCCCUCUCCCUCUCUCUCCCUCCCUCUCCCUCUCUCUCCCUCCCUCUCCCUCCCUCUCCUUCUCCCCUCCUUCCCCCUCUCUCCCUCUCCCUCUCUCCCUCUCCCCCCUCUCUCUCUUCCUUCCUCCCUCUCCCUUCCCCCUCCUUAUUGCUUUGUGUUGUCUCUUCCUACUUAGUCUCAUAGUCCUUCUAGUUUAAUAUAACCAGAAUCAUUCUGAAUGUAUAUUUGCAUUUCCUAGCACUAUGUUCAGUGACAUCCUAUCCUCUUUUCUGUUGUUGCAUUUUAAAAGAUUUUAUUCUUU